AUGGGAGAUAAAGAUUCAUGUCAUAAAUGUUCAGAAGAGGAGUGGCCAAACGAUAACAACCAGUGUGUACCUAAACUUGUUGAAUUUCUGUCUUAUGGGAAUGACCCGGUUCCUCUCACAGUCUCAGUUAUUUCUGUUUUACUAUUUGUUAAAACCUCUGCUAUUUUUUGUAUCUUUAUUGUAUUUCGAGAGACUCCAGUGGUCAGAGCUAAUAACCAAAACUUGAGCUUCAUUCUCCUGGCCUCCAUCAUGUUGAGCUUCCUCUGUGUGUUUUUGUUUUUGGGUCGGCCUGGUCCUAUCAGCUGCAUGUUUCGUCAGACCUCCUUUGGAAUCAUCUUUUCAGUGGCUGUAUCUUCCAUUCUAGCCAAAACUAUUAUGGUCUACAUGGCCUUCAACUCCACCAAGCCUGGAAGUUUCUGGAAAAAAUAUAUUGGAGUAAAAAUACCCAACUGUUUGGUUCUUCUUUGUUCAUUUAUCCAGGUUUUAAUCAGCAUCAUUUGGUUAUUGACUGCCUGUCCAUAUCCAGAGACUAACACUGACCUAUAUGAUGAUACAAUCAUUAUUCAAUGUAAUGAAGGAUCUACUCUGGCAUUUUACAUACUCCUUGGUUACAUGGGACUACUAGCAGCUGUAAGUUUCUUUGUGGCUUUUCUGGCCAGAAAUUUACCAGAUAGUUUCAAUGAGACAAAAUUCAUCACCUUCAGCAUGUUGGUGUUCUGCAGUGUCUGGAUCACUUUUAUCCCAGCCUAUAUGAGUGUUACAGGGAAGAACACUGUGCUUGUAGAGAUAUUUGCAAUUUUAUCUUCCAGUUUAGGAAUUUUGGGUUGCAUAUUUAUUCCCAAAUGUUAUAUUAUCCUGGUGAAACCAGAUUUAAAUUCAAAACGUAUAUUAAUAAAACAAAUCAAAACCUGCCAAUAAAUUGUCUUAGUGUGUUUAAUUAUAAAUCAUAAAAUUGAAUGUGAAUGUAAACCCACAUCAUCAUUCCUAUUAUUCAUACAACAU